UGAUGUGGACGCCGCACCAAGCUCCGUACACUCGUGUGUGGAGGAGUUCCCUCUAAUCAGAACUCAGUCGUCCACUCAACACCAGCCGUACAGAGCUUGCUGCUCCACCAGUCUCCUCAGCUCACACCGGUGUUACGGUAUAUGGAUUGAUCUGAGAGGCCAGCUAAUGAAGAGACUCUUUAAUUCUGGCCGUGGCGUUGAACAAACUGACCGAGCCUUGCUGUCGUUUUGACGCAUUGUACUUUCACAAAGUCUGGAUACGAGGGCUGUGUGGUGGGACGGGCAGAUUCCGGAGUGAACUGCAAGUUUGCACUAACUUUAACCGUGUCCCGCCUCAAACUGUGAGUCAACUUGGACCUCUCAACUUGUAAGAUAGCUGUGCCUGAGGUGUACCGCUCUAGGAGGGACUUAGCAUGUCAGAGAGUCCGUAGGUGAAGGGAAUGCUCUGUACUUGUAGCAGAAGGGAAGAUCAGCUAUUACAUGCUGCAUUAGAGACCACGCUAUCAGCCUCUGUGAACACAUACAGCGUUUUGCUGUCCCACGAUAGGGCUGUUAAUAACCAAAGCCUUGAUUACCAUCCUAAGCACCCGCUGCUUAAGUGUGUCCACGCGAGGUGACACAGUAUUAAACAAGGAGACCGAUCAGCUUUCUAAGAGGAUGGAGAUUCAUUUACUUCAUACGGAUUGUGCUGGAUAUCUACUGGAUGUCAAAUGUGAACGUGUUUAAUAUUGCCCAACCUGGAAUUUAAUGUGUCUAAUUUUUGUGAUAAAAAAUGGAGGAAAAUGAUACCGACUACACCUUAACUAGUUCCAACAAAACGGAGCACGCGGACUAUGCCGUUUUCUUCUUUGUUCUUACCCAUGCCAGGUCGUUCAGAAUUGGAGGUCUUUGUGUCGCGAUUCUUGGAUUCAUUGGUAACACGUUAGCGAUCAUCGUCCUCCAGAGGAAGAGAAUGUGGUGUAGUACAGCAUACUUCCUCAUCCUUCUAGCAAUCUACGACAACAUCAUUCUCAUAGUCGCCAUAUGGCAAAGCGUCUCCGACCUGCAGAGUAACAGCGACACAAGUAUCGUUAUACAUAAGAUAACCUACGUCUUGUUCAUCCCUGUAAGCUACAUUGCCCAAACCGGAACUAUCUUUAUGACCCUCAUGGUGACCAUUGAACGGUAUGUAGCCGUCACUAAGCCGUUAAAAGCUCGUAUUAUAUUCUCUCUAUCAUCAGCGAAGAAGAUUUCGCUAGGAAUAUUUCUGUGGUGUUUGAUAUACAAUAUUCCGCAUUAUGUUGCUCUGGAUUUAUCCUAUACUACUGCGACGAGCAAGGUACAUCUGUCAGAGUUUGGAAAGCAGUAUAUUUACACAAAAGUAUAUAGCAUCUAUAUACAACUCCUGGCUAUGUAUGUUUUACCGUGGCUGGCAAUGACUGUGUUUAAUAUUCUAUUACUUCGCUGUGUAAAAAAAAUUACAAUGAUUCGCCAUAACUGUCAUUCCAAGAGUGCCGCGGACGAUGGCCGUCGGCUGACGUUGCCGGUCAUCGCCGUUACAACGGUAUUUUUCCUGGCGUAUCCAUUCCCGGCAUUCGAGGACACCUUCUGUAAACUAUUCGACCCCUCAAAGGUCGGUUUAGAUGGCACCUGUGGAGCCAAAAUGAAGAUCCUGUUUGAGCUGAUUAGCGAUAUUGCCAAAGUGUUAAAUUCUGCAGCAAAUUUCAUAUUCUAUUGUUUACUCGGCCGGAAGUUCAGAAGAACUUUCCUGCACCUUGCGAGCAGUUGGAGACGCCGUAUGUCCACCGUUGUGGUUAAGUCGUCCAUGGCGUUUGACAACCAAGGAACACUGUCGAAGGCAGCGGCAUCAGUCUACUUGGACAGAGAGCUUAGUCUUCGUCACGACAUAGACGACGUGUAAACAGAAUCAACUCAAUCGUGCCAUGGAGGGGCACAGCAAGACUGUGCUGAGGGAGUAAUUGGCGCAAUCUAUCUGAGAGGACACGGCUCAAUAUAUCCCCAUGAUUAUAUAAUAUCAACAACGGCCCAGUGUACGUAAAAGGGAACGUGUGAUGUUGUAUGUGUGAGAUGGUGUUGGAGUUAUUAUUCAUUCCAGCGCUCAUCAAAAGUGUGUCGUCAUCAUACGCAUAUUAUCUGCAGUAAAAUGUAGCAACUUCAACGUUAAUCCUCAUCCCAGUAUUUGAGGCUGGGGCUUACAUGUACACACAACGUCAGGAUGGUAACUGCAUGUGUAUGGCGUUUUUCAGAGUAUCAGAUUGUGUGAUAUUUAUAUUAUUUCCAAGACAUAUUAAGAUGAUGACACUUAUAUUUUCGGAACAGACUUUGUAUUUUAUGACUCUAACUGCAACCUAACAAGUCGAAUCACGUUGAUACUUGGCAGUCUGCUUCACGUACAUCUUGAGGUGAUGGAGUACCUGAUGAUCUAUUGCUACGCUGACUCAGUGUCUUAUGCUCCAAUGUACGCUCGCGUUCAGUGUUAUGCAUCACGUGUAUCAUGCUUGUCUGUUAUGCGUCAUGCUGAGAAUGAAUAUUAUUAAAAGAAAGAAAGAUA